AUGAUCAACAACAGGUCGUUUAGCAGCUGCAACACCACCCUCUUCAACUCAUCCACAAUAUCAUCAAGACAACAACAUAGCAACAAUAACAACAAAAACAAUAACAACAACAACACACAACAUAGUAGUAGUCGUAACUGGCUGUUUGGAGGAAUGGCAGUGGCUUCAUUUGCUCUGACCUCUACUAUCUUGUCGUUGGACGACGAAGUGACUAACGUUGAGAAGAAGGCACCUAUCGCAAGACCCGAGGACGACCACGACAUUGAGAAGUUUAAGUAUGUGAUUAUCGGUGGAGGCACUGCAGCCUACUAUGCCAUCGACAAGAUCCUCGAGAAUGACAAGCUGGCCACAAUCCUUGUCAUCUCAAAGGAGUACGAGGUGCCCUACAGACAUCCUCCUCUCUCUAAGAACCUCUGGCAAUCGACUGAUCCAAAUGUCAAGCAGAAUCUUGAGUACUCGGACUGGAGCGGUGCAAAAGAGAACCUUCAUUACGAGCCAGAGUCUGUCUAUGGUAAUGAUGUUCUUCAGUUCAUCAGGAACAAGAAGGUGGUCGACCUUCAUGUUGAUGGAAAGGUUGUUCUUUUGAACGAUGGUACACUGAUUGCCUUUGACAAGUGUCUCAUUGCAACUGGUGGCGAGCCAAGGAAGUUCAACUACACAGCUUCUGAUGACCCCAGGAUUACCACGUUCAGGACGGUUGAGGACUUUAGGAACCUCUACGACACUGUCAGGAGCGAUCAAGUCAAGCACAUCACCAUUAUUGGCGGUGGAUUCCUCGGUAGCGAAAUCACAUGCUCAAUCAACGAUAAUCAGAGGGAUAAAAAGGUCGCCAUCACUCAGGUCUUCCCCGAAGAUGGAGUGUUGGGUCUCGUUCUGCCCGACUAUCUGAGCAACUAUGCAACAGACAGAGUCAAAACAAGCGGUGUUGACGUUCAACAUAACAGACUGGUCAAGGACAUCACCAAGAACGACGUUGAUAACAGACUCAACGUUCAUUUGGACAAUGGUCAGUCGAUCAGCACUGAUCAUGUGGUCGUUGCCGUUGGUAUUGUACCAAACACUGAGGUUGCCAAGAGUACCACUCUGGAGGUUGAUCCUAUCAAUGGUGGAUACGUUGUCAAUGCCGAGUUGCAAGCUAGAUCAAACAUCUAUGUCGCAGGAGAUGUUGCAAGCUACUAUGACUACAACCUUGGACGCAGAAGACGUGUAGAGCAUCAGGAUCACGCCAAGGCAACUGGAGAACUGGCUGGAAAGAAUAUGACUGGUGGCACUGAGCCUUACACCUACCAGCCAUUCUUUUGGACCGACUUGACAGACCACAUUGGUUUCGAGGCCGUUGGAGAUAUCUCUGCCAAAUUGAAGACCUACGCAGUUUGGGAGAAGCCCAAGACUGAGGACGCUGAUAAGUACGGCAAGGGUAUCAUCUACUACCUCAACGAACAGGACAAGGUAGUUGGUGUGCUCGGUUUCAGAGCUUAUGGCAAGAUGGAUUUGGCUAGGGAAAUCAUCAAGAAGGGCAAGCCCAUCACAGACUUUUCCGAGUUGCAGCACCACAUAUCUCUGGAAGAUGAGCAUCAUGAUUAA